UUAAUAAGCAACUUUAAGUAUACAGUUGUCGGAUUCUGGAGUUUGAUAAUUGCCGGAAUCAACCAUUUACAAGGAAUGCUUUGAGAUUCCUCCGCGUAAUUGACCGUCACUGAUAGCCGCUUCACUGGUCCGCUACGUGUCUCCUUCCGCCCACUGCCUCAUCACGUCGACUGGCUGAGCAGCAGAAUAGUGCCGCAGCGUGUGGCUCUCUCCACAACUGUUCAGUUUCAUGCCCGUGACGAUUGCUGCGCUGCGGAGCAUCUCGACCGAUGCCCACCACCUGAUGUGAAAUUUUCUUUGCACUCGGCGACAAAUUAGGAAACAAUGAGAGGCGUCGUGGGGUUAGUGCACUACGUGGGACUUUACGUUCAACUUAACGCGGCAUUCUCGAAAGAACACGGCGAGCUGGAUAAUCGUUUAUCUGGAAAUGCUCUAUUCACAGAGGUGCCCCACGACAUGACAACACAGAGCGGUGAGGAUGUCGAGAUGGCGUGCUCCUUCCGCGGCGCAGGUUCACCUUCCUCCCUGGAGAUCCAGUGGUGGUACACCAAAGACCACAGAACCGGGCCCAAGACGUCUGCGCAGAUCACAAACGAUGUUGCUCCUCUUGAGGAGAAGUUGAAAGAUGCCACUAAAAUCAGCGUGGUGAAAGUGGCCGGCAGCAACAUUUCACACAAGCUGCGCCUGUCCAGCGUCAAGCCGUCGGACGAGGGGACCUACGAGUGUCGUGUCAUCGACUUCAGCGGCUCUGUGGCCCAGCGCCAUCACGUUCGGGCUUACCUGCACGUGGAGCCAAGUCAAGACUCCGACGUCCGGUUCCACGGAUCACGGCAGCGGUCUGCCCAGUGGAGCAGCCAGCACAGGAGAGAGGAAGAUGUUCAUGACUGAGCAGGUGGAAACUGAUCAUCAUCAUCAUCGAUCGCCAUCAUCACUGCCGUGUGAUGCAGUGUUCUCAACUGGUCUCUUUGUACGCCACCGUUUGUUUGUAUACUGGAUCACAGUGAUGCAAGAUUCCAGGAAAGACAUUUUUAUUGGCGUUGCGGGCCAUGCAUUUGUUGCUUUAAAUGCAUGAAUGUAGUUUUCAGGCGUAGAACCUUUGCAGCCAUUUUUUUUGUGAACAAGUGAUCAUUAACGCCACGUGUUUUUGCAAGCUGGAGUACCCGAGGAAAAAGAAAAAAAUUUAGCAAUCGCAGGGCAAAUAUGCAAACUCCACACUGAUAAGACGGACAUCUGAACUGAAAGAAAACAUAAGGCUUUGUUUUGUUGUUGUCGUUUUGGUUUAUUUUAAAGGUUAGCUGUUUUGUUCAGUAUGAUUUUUUUUCCAGUUGCUUUCAUCAAGAUAUCUGUCUCGUAAUUCAUUUUGUCCAGCGCAAAACAGUAAAACAAUUUGUGUCAA